AUGCAAAUCGCGGGGUAUAAAACGGGCGGCGCGGAGCGGGAGCGGAGGGAGCGGGGCAGCGGCGCGGCCAUGGCGCCGGGCACGGCCCGCCCGCCGCACGGCGAGGGCUGCGCGGGGCCCCGCGGCGACCGGAGGACGAGGAAGCCGCUGGUGGAGAAGAAGCGCCGGGCGCGCAUCAACGAGAGCCUGCGGGAGCUGCGGCUGCUGCUGGCCGACACCGAGUUUCAGGCGAAGCUGGAGAACGCGGAGGUGCUGGAGCGGACGGUGCGGCGGGUGCGAGCCGUGCUGGAGCGCCGCGGCCGCGGUGAGUGCGGGCCUGGGGGGCGGCGGGGGGCGCCCGGCCCGGCCCGCGCCUCACCCGCGCCCUUCUCUGUCCCCCACGGCGCAGGGGGCGGGCGGCGGCUCCUGGAGGCCAGCGAGCGCUUCGCCGCCGGCUACAUCCAGUGCAUGCACGAGGUGCACACCUUCGUCUCCAGCUGCCCCGGCAUCGACGCCACCACGGCCGCCGAGCUGCUCAACCACCUGCUGGAGUCCAUGCCCCUCAGCGAGGGCGGCUGCCCGGACUCGAUCACGGACGUUGUGGCGGAGCCGGCCCUCGGCCCCUGGCCCGCCGCCGAGGCGCUGUCCCUGCCGGCCGCAGCCCGCCCGGGCCCGGCCCUGCCCGCCCCCAGCGAGGAGCCCGGCUCCGACUCGGACGAGGCGGAGGCCGGGCCGGGCCAGACCCCCUCGGACGGACUGGACGCGUCCCAGACGCAGGGCCUGCCCUCGCCCGGCUCGCCCAAAGCCAUGUGGAGACCCUGGUAACAGCGGAGAGGAGCCAGCGCAGGGCUGCCUGUGGGGAGGGCAGCGUGCCCCGCACACGCGUGUGCUGAGCGAGAGUGUCCGUGUGUCUGUCUGUGAGUGUCCGUGUGUCUGUCUGUGUGCGCGGCUGGCAGCGCUGUGGCUGCGGACUCGGGCUCUCUGACGCUGUCAGCCCCUGACAGCCUAAUAGCGAACGCGUGAACAUUUCAUCCCUGUGCGUGUGUGGCGUUUUUAACUUCGGGGGUUGUUUUUGCGAGAGGAUGGGGGGAGGAGGGAAGUGGUUUGUAGUAGCGAAGCUCUCUGGUGGAGACACAGCAGUUAUUUUAUAACCCUUUCUCUUUCUUCUUGGCCCUUAGAAGCGGCCCAAACGCCGCUACCUUUUAAGAAAAAGUCCUUGUGCGUUUUAAAUCACGAUAGUUAAUGGCAGGAGAAGCUGGAGCUAAGUCUGCAUGCAUGGUUUCAAGCGUUCUAGUGAUAGCACAGACCCCUGAAAGGUGUCUGUACCUGAUAGCAGUCUAAAGUCUCACCUUUAGGGAAGGGAGAGAAAGCUAGAAACCUGGUGGAAUUAGACAAACAUUUUAAAAGAUGUUGGUGGCAGGGUGCCUUUUAGAAAUGAGUGUCUUUAUGCACAUUUUGCUUUUAGCACGUUUGAGUUUAUUGUGACUCUAUGUAUAUUAGGGUGUCAAAUGUUUUUUUUAUUUUUAAUCUUUAAUAAAAAAAACCCUUGAAUUCACGACGUGGCA